AUGGCUACUUUAAUCUUUACCACGUGGAAAUUCGACUCUGCUAAAACCCCAAACCAAGUGAAAGCGACGCAAGAAUCAUUUCUCUAUCUUACUCAAACCGAAAGAUGUCUUCGAAAGAAUGUCACUUUAAAUCUGGAUUUAGGCAACCGUUCAAAAUGUCGCUGUGACGUUGUUGUUUUAAGUUAUAAAGCAGAGUGCCGAGAAUAUCGCCCAGCUCACUUCACCUACUUGUUUGACAACACAACCACGUGGGGAUCCGGUCGUAACAGGCUUUUCUUCCACGCUUUAGAGAGAAACACCAAUUACGUGUAUUACAUAUUUCUUGACGAUGACAUCUCCCUGAAAUUCAACAAAAGAGCAACUCCAGCAAUGAGACAACUCAGUCCAAUCCAAGCUUUCCAAAACUGGCUUCUGGAUUACGAGCCUGCAGUUGGUGUAAUGGACUAUUCGAACAAUCCAGCGAAAUCUUUAAUCCAACUAAACUGGAAGAUUUGCAAUAAGAACCUUGUAAACCACACUUCGGUUACAAGUCCGAUCAUAUAUUUCGAUCCUGUUAUUAAUGCCUUUCAUGCAAAAGCGGUCGUCCACAUAUUUCCGCUGGAUACACGAUUUGAACAAGUUAGUUGGUGGUUCACAGAUAAAUAUCUUUGUUCUGUCGUAGAGAUAAAGUUUCGUGGGCAAGCGUUGUUGUUCUUUCCUGUAACAGUCUACAAUCCUCUGCAUCGCCCAUACCCGAGGUCUCAUACGGGAACAAACAAAGCCUGGAGAGAAUUCAUUAAAGAUGUAAAAAGAGAUGUCCCUGAGCGAUUUGCAAAUCACAGUUUACUUAGGGAAUUUAAGAAGGAUCCACGAUUAUACACGAGAAAAUCACAAACUUACUGCAUGAAUGUAACCCGUCACGAGGAAAUUGUGCCGUUUGCACACUUUGUAAGAGAGGAAGAUAAAAGGACAACAUUUAACAUAGAUUGA